GCUUUUCAGUUCUUAUGUUUAUAGGUACCAUCUGGACAUUCACCUACAAAAAAUGCAUCAGGAACAUCAAUCGACCAAUCGCUGUGCACAUGGUCAUAGACAUUAUUCGUGUCGAAGAUGGAUUGGUGAAGUAUCGUAAGACUUUUCCAGGCGGCCCUGCGGCAUUCUUCGCAGACUAUACCCAAAAGACGUAUGUGGUCAAGACUACGGUGAUUCUCAUGCAAACUCUGCUUGCCGACGGGGUAGUGGUUUAUCGAUGUCACGUCGUUUGGCAAUCUAUCUGUGUUGUCAUCCUACCAUGCAUGAUGUGGUGUGCAAUUGCAGCGUGUGGGAGUUAUAUGGUGUACGACCUUUCGCUGGUCAGCGAUGCCGAAAGUGUCUUCACCAACCAGACUGGACGUUGGGUGCGAUAUUCAUUGUCUUUACUUUCGCGACAAAUUUGGUCAGUUCAGGAUUGCUGGCAUAUCGCAUCUGGACGAUCGAACGCAGUGUCUCUACAAUCCGCACUAGGAGGGGUACAAGGCCGAUCGUGCGAGUGCUUGUGGAUGCUGCCAUUUUAUACUCUGCAACCACUUUCUCCGCAAUAAUAUCUUUUGCUCUUUCGAACAAUGGCACAUAUGUCAUAGGAGACUUGGUAAUUCCGCUGUUGACACUUAUCAUAAAAAUCAUUGAGCUUCAGUCAACUAGAUUAAUCCGAUCAUAUCAAUCGCCUUCUACAUGGUGUUUAUUCGCAUUGCAAUCGACAAAAAUACUCAGAAAUUUCUCUUGACUGUUAAUGGCACAGUUGUGACAGACCCAGGAAUCCCGCUGCAUUAUCCUAUGCAGCCUUUGCAAAUUGCACACAGGGAAACUGAUGCAUCCUCCUGGUUGAAAUAGUGAUGUAUACGUUAUUGUAGUUAUUUAACGUGAUAUAAAUACAUUUCGUGCUCUCUCGGUUUCAGACGGUGACUAUCUCACUCUGGACACCAAAAGAUCUGACUGUACUUCGC